AUGUACCAUUCUUUGUUGAAGCAUGGUGUAGAGCCAGACAAGUACACCUUCAACUUUGCCCUGAAAGCUUGCACUGCUGCAUUGGAUUUUGAAGCGGGUGUAUUGGUGCACCUUGAAGUAGAGCGUAGAGGAUUGGAGAGUGAUGUGUUUAUUGGGACUAGUUUGAUUGAUAUGUAUUGUAAAAUGGGGGAGGUGAAAUGUGCAGUAGAGGUGUUUGAUAGAAUGCCUGAGAAGGAUGUUGUGGCAUGUAAUGCUUUGAUUUCCGGGUUGUCGAAAAGCGAGGAUCCUAAUGAAGCGUUGGAGUUUUUUAAGAGGACGCAAUGUUGGGGGAUGGGGGUGAGUUUAGUGAGCUUGUUUAGUUUGGUUCCAGCAGUGUCUAGAUUGGCGGAUAUUGAUUCGUGUAGGUGUAUUCAUGGGUUUGUGGUGAGGAGGGAGUUGAGUUUCGAGGUUUUGAAUGGGUUGGUUGAUAUGUAUUCCAAGUGUGGGGAUGUGGAUGUUGCUCGGAGGGUUUUUGAUAUGAUGCAGGGUGGCGAUGAGGAUGGUGUUUUAUGGGGGAUAAUGAUGGCAGGGUACGCGAGUAAUGGAUGUUUUGUUGAAAUUUUGGAGCUGUUUGAUUGCUUGAAAGGGGAUGGCGGUAAAAUGAAUAAGGUUUGCAUUAUGAGUGUGCUUUUGGCUGCUACUGAGCUGAAAGAUUUGGAGAUGGGGAGAGAGAUUCAUUGUUGUGCUUUAGAACUAGAAGUCGAUUCUGAUGUCGCGGUUGCUACUUCUAUAAUGACCAUGUAUGCAAAAUGUGGAGAAAUAGAGAAGGCAAUACAAUUGUUUGAGGGACUUGGGGAAAGAGAUUUAGUUUCUUGGUCUGCACUUAUAUCUGCUUGUGUCCAGUCUGGCUAUCCUGAAGUGGCAUUGUCUCUCUUUCGGGAUAGGCAGAAUGAAAAUCUCAAACCAUGUGGUGUGACAUUGGUCAGCGUCCUUGCUGCAUGUGGGGAGCUUUCAUAUCUGAAUAUUGGUAAGAGCAUACAUUGCUAUGCUGUUAAGGCCGAUUUGGAUUCUGAUAUUUCUACUGGGACAGCCCUGGUCUCCAUGUAUGCUAAAUGUGGAUUGUCUACUACUGCCUUGAUUAUAUUCAACAGAAUGCCAUCUAAAGAUGUUGUGACAUGGAAUGCACUUAUAAAUGCAUAUACCCAAUUAGGUGAUGUCUACCAUGCUAUUGAUAUGUUGAAUGAAUUGUGGUUAUCUGGAGUAAAACCUGAUGCAGGAACGAUGGCGGGUAUGGUCUCCACUUGUAGCUUAUUAAAUGAUCUAAAUCACGGUACUUGUAUUCAUGGACGAAUUAUAAAGAACGGGUUUGAACAUGAUGCUCCUUUGAGAAAUGCUCUUAUUGGCAUGUAUUGCAAAUGUGGUGACAUUUCAUCGGCUGAAUUUCUGUUUCAUAAAAUGAAACUAAUGAAAGAUGUGGUGUCCUGGAAUGUAAUGAUUUCAGGAUACAUGGAGGGUGGAUAUGCCACAGAAGCUAUAUCUGUGUUUCACCAGAUGAAACUACACAAUUGUCAGCCGAAUUUAGUCACGUUUGUAAGCAUCCUUCCUGCAGUGGCAACUCUGGCAGCAAUAAGAGAGGGCAUGGCUUUUCAUGCCUGCAUUAUCCAGAAGGGGUUUCUGUCUAAUACACUUGUCAGAAAUAGUCUUAUUGACAUGUAUGCUAAAUGUGGACAGCUCAAUGAUUCGGAACAGUGCUUUGAAGAGAUGGAACUCAGGGAUAAAGUUUCGUGGAACGCAAUGCUUGCAGCAUAUGCAAUGCAUGGGCAAGGGGAUCAUGCUAUUGCACUUUACUCGCUGAUGGAGAAGAGCUGUAUCCAACUUGAUUCUGUGUCAUUCAUUAAUGUCUUGUCUGCCUGCAGACAUGCGGGUUUAAUAAAAGAAGGGAAGGAAGUUUUUCACGUUAUGCGUGAAAAGCACCAUCUUGGACCAGAGUUGGAACAUUAUGCGUGCAUGGUAGAUCUUUAUGGCCGUGCUGGUUUCUUCGAUGAAGCUCUAGAAUUGAUUAAUACAAUGCCAAUGGAGCCUGAUGCUGGAGUCUGGGGAGCAUUAUUAGGUGCAUGCAGGAUGCAUUCAAAUGCGAAGUUGGGAGAAGUUGCGUUGAGUCAUCUUGUUAACCUUGAACCUACAAAUGCCAGUAAUUACAUAACUUUAGCGGAUAUACAUGCAUAUUCAGCUAGAUGGAGUGAUGCUUGCAAGACAAGAUCAAAUAUGAAGAGCUCUGGGUCAAUGAAAACGCCAGGAUGUAGUUGGGUAGAGGUCCAAAACAGGGUUCAUACGCUUCAGGCGGGUGAUUACAACUACCCCCAACUUGGAGCUGAGAGUUAA